AUGAACGGAGAUAGACAGAAUUACGAAGAACAAAUACAAGAAAGAAGAAACAGCUUGGGCUUCUAUAAGAAAAGGCUUAGGAAUCUGCGUGAACCAAGAAACACUUGGCGAUCGAUGGCUGAAUCACAAGAGCCUUUUGAUUUGAAUGAAGAACAAGAAGAGUUUCCGGACUUAACAAUGUCUUUGGUAGAGUACUACUGGCUGAAGGGUUACUACCCUUCUCUUGAACAUAAGAUAGUCUUAAGACUAUUGGCUGACGGUCAGUUUCAGGAGAGGAAGCCAAAGCCAAAGCGAGUUGGUCUCUUAAUGGGUAAGAGAGUGGUGGAAAUCACCAUCGAACAUAAGAAGGGAGAGAAAGUUAUAAGCUUCUAUCCCUACCCUAAAACACUGGAAGAGAUUCUGGUUUGGAAUCGACGGUUUACGGUAUUAUGUAAGCAUGAACAUAUCGCCGGAGAAAAAGCGAGGGUAGAACUAGCGAAACGCUUUGUUCCCGUUGAUUGGAGAAUGGAAGUAGCUGGAGAAAUGUCACUGCGAGAGGCAUUGCGUGUAUUCAUGACUGCCGCUAUGAAGGAGGUCAGGGUAGAGAAAACGCCAGUCGUGCUACAGGGAGAAUAUCCACUGAUUGAGGAGUACGUUCAGUUAAUUAAGAAAGACAAACAGCACGAAGGAAUUCGUAGAGGCCAAUCUGAUGAGUGGAUAAAACAAGAAAUCAAGUAUGCCUUCUUUGCUGGAUUAUCUAGACUCACCGCCAACGAAAUGGCAACCCACCAUAUUGAAACAAUGGAAGAGGCAAUUAACCACAUUCAAAACCUAGAAGGACGAAUCUUACUAAGCCUGGAAAUUCAGUUUGAAAGGCAAGCCAUGCGCGAGAUGUGGGAUCGGAAUGCCAGGGACAGUCACUUGGCCGAAACAAAUUCGUAUCAAAGUCAAACCAGUAAGAAACUAUGGCCUAACUUCACCCAAACUACCCGAAAGUACUGCACACACCACCAAUCAGCUACACAUACAACAGAAGAAUGCCGGUUUCUGAACACUCAGAGAGCCAUCAUGAAUAAGAGAGCAGCGGCCCAAAGAAUAAGUGUCCUAUCGCCCAACCAGCUACAAAGAGAAAUCAAUAAGCACGGCAAUGCCGAAGUAAUGGAACAUCUCAGAAGUCAAGAAAACGCCCAGGCAUUAAGUGAACAACUCAACCAAACCCGAGUCGCCUUCCCAGUAGCCGCCCCAACUAACCCCAACCCCAUUUAG